AUGUUUGUUAAGAGGAUACCCAAAGGAACUGUAGCUGUAUUGGUCUACGUGGAUGACAUUGUCAUUACUAGUGAUAAUCAUCAUGAAAUCACUAAUAUGAAACAACACUUGAAAGAGAAGUUUGACAUCAAGGAUCUUGGGAAAUUGAGAUAUUUCCUUGGGAUAGAAGUUGCUAGCUCUAACAAGGGACUGUUCAUCUCUCAAAGAAAGUAUGCUUUGGACCUGUUGAAGGAAACAAGGAAGAUGGGAGCUAAACCCGUGGAUUCUCCUAUGGACUACAACAGUAAGUUUCUUGAUGACUCAACUCCAUUACCUGAUGUUGGUCGUUUUCAGAGACUUGCGGGUAGGUUAAUAUAUUUAACUAUUACACGACCAGAUAUCACAUAUGCCGUCAGUUAUAUCAGUCAGUUCAUGCAUGCCCCUACAAAAGGGAAUAUGAAUCUUGUUAAUCGCAUAUUGAGUUAUGUCAAAUCUUGUCCUAGAAGAGGUAUAUUGAUGGGGAGGAAUGGAGAUACUAAAGUUGUAGGGUACGCCAGUGCUAACUGGGCAGGAAACCCUAUUGACAGAAGAUCAACUACAGGUUUCUGUACCUUUGUGUGA